AUGGUAUUAAGAAGCUUGACCGUAAAACACGAACAACGAAUUUCAACAAAAUUUCUAAACUGUCAACAAUGUAAUUGUCGUAGUAUUGAGAAAAUGUACGAAUUAUUAAAUUACUGUUCACUGUUUACUCAUGUUCUAGUGUUAAUUAUUAUUUUAUUACAACUAUUUAGCGUCCCAAUAGUAUUGACUAUAUGCAAAGGUUAUAUUCCGUUAUAUAAAAAUCGAAUGUUAGUAAGUGUGACAUGUUUAUCUUGUCAAAGACCUUGUUGUCAACCAUUGCGAAUAAUGCGUGAUCAAGGUGUUGAUGAUUGUAAAUGGAUGUGCAGCGAUCAUGCAGCAUGCAACGUGUUCGAAUAUAAUGUUUACGAUCGAACGUGUCGUUUUUUUCAACGAACUGCAGUCAAACGUUUGUUACCAAAUUCAUCAUUUCAUGUUUAUACAAAAGUAUCAUGCACAAACAAAAAAGCGUUAAAAAUAUCCGAAGUUAAAAAUAAUUGUUCUUAUCGUGUUUAUCCAUUUCGUGGUACAGAAAAAAAUGAUAUUGCUCAAACAUAUGUCGGUACACAUGUUAGCUAUGUUCAGUGUAAAUUAUUAUGUGAUGCACCAAGACAUUGUUUAGGAUUUCUGUUUCGUGGUACGAUCACUCAUCAUGGUGUAUGUCAUUUAUUGAGAAAUGUCAGACAAGCAUUUGAAACACCAUACUAUGAUUUGUACGUUAAAAGAAGAUGCAUUUUAUGUUUUGAUAUGGAUGUCGUCUACGCUGUUGAUUUAAAAUUAAACAACGAUGGUCUUGAAUAUCAGUAUACAUUAUCGUCGGACGUAUCAUCCCUGAAUGUAUUAGCAUUUUCCUGCUAUUAUUUAGACGAUGAAACAAAAUUUAAAUAUAAUCUAAAUACAUGCGCAUCUCAUCAAAAUAAAACGACAUUUUGUGUUUACGCUGUGGCGUUAGAGCAACCAUGGCAUUUGAAUUUAAUAACUACAUCGUAUGUUCCCAUUGUGAGUAUUGAAUGGAGUUCAGAUGGUUUAUGUUUGUUAGUUUGUACACAAUCCGGAAAUUGCAGAAUAUUUAAAUCAAAAAAUGGUUGUGUCAAUAUGGUUGAAUUGGUUUACCAUUAUGAAACGGCCGAAGAUAUAUUGAUAGCAAAAUACAUCCAUUAUAAAGAACCGAUAAUUAUCAAUCUCGAUCGAAAAGAUUCGUUAUUUUAUAAUGAAUUUUUAAAAAAAGAGAAUCACUUGGCAUCUUAUGGUUUAAAUUCUGGAUGUUUUGUACUUAUUACUAAUUCAGGAAUGAUUCAUUCAUUACCGAUCAAUCGUCAAAUAUCUCCAUUUAAAUAUCCAUUGAAUUCUGACUUCAUAAAUGCCUCAUUAUGUGAUCUUGUGCCAACUGAGAAAGGAUUCAACGUUGUAUUCAGUGAUAAACAAGUUGGAGCAUUAAUACAGUUAUAUGUAAUACAAUACCAAUCAUUGGAGCAAAAAAUCUCCUAUUCCUCAUUUAAACGUCGUGGUUUUCGUAUUCCACCCUCUUAUGGUAUAUUAGAAAAUAUUCAUUAUUUUCAACGUUUUACCGCAUCGACUAGUGAUGUAUUAUUGACACUAAUGUCAUCAACAGAUAGCGACACAUGGACGUUGGAUUUAUACGAAUAUAUUGAAUCAGAAUGGGCAUCGACAACGUUGAUCAAUUCGAAUGCAAUUCGUUUACAGUCACUAACGGUUAAUAAUAAAUGUCAAUUAUUAAUUAAAGAACAAGAAUUAUUAGCACAAUUUGGAAGACAAAUAUUAUUAACAUUAUCCGAUGGAUCACUCAUCACAUUUGAUAAAUUAACAUUUCGAGCAUGUGAACAAACAUAUCCAUUACAGAAAAUAAACCAUCUAUUUACAAACAGAGAUAAAUGUGAAUAUUUUGUUAAAGUACAACACACACAAUCAGGUUGCUGUAUUGUUGGUUUCACUGAGAGUGGUCUUCUAGUAUUAUUACGUUCAAUGAGUAUUGAACAAUCUUCGUCGCCAGUGAUAAUUUCAAGUUUUGUUAAUCUUCUGGAACAUUCUAUUGUUCAAUCAUCUACACCAGCAUCAUCGUCGCUCGCUGCAUACACAGAUCCAUGGGAUUGUUUUUGCCUCAUAAAAGGCUCGACUGUACUCAAUUCAAUUAUUGAACGUUUAAUUCAACGUUAUGAUCAACAGUCUAUUGAACAAAAACGUACACAUUUUAUUCGUUUAAAACAAAUUUUAUACAUGUUACAUCGUUUAGCAACACCAAAUUCACACGAAGCAUGUGAACAUUUAACGGCGUUAGGUGUUUAUCAUGUGUUACUAAUUACUCGUGAUUUAAUGAAAUUGAUAACCUAUGAUGCAACUCAACCACAACAACAAGCGCGUAAUUUUGUUGACAUUGCUCAAGAAUUAAUUCAUCAAACACCUCAACAAAUGUUUCCUAAUAUUGACAUGAAAAAAGUGAAAAUGAACGAUCAACAACAACAAUCACAGAUGGAUAUUCGCUAUUACCAAUUGCCAUCUUAUACAUCGCUAGUAAAUUGGAUUCUUGACAUAAUUAUCUACAUAAUUGGCUAUAUUCAGUUACCACAACAACAAACGCCUGUAUGGUUAACGUGUAAACAAUUUUUUAAUGAUCAAAGACAAUUGGAAUGGUUAAGAGAAUUUCUGAUCUAUUUUUAUGUGUUACAUAAAAUGGGCAGAAUACAAUUUAGUAAAAUAGCAUGUUUUCAACCGUAUGAUCAAAAUAAAGAAAUUUUAAAAGAUAUUUAUAAUACAUUGACAAAAAUGAGUGUAAAAAUUGAAUCUCAAAAGGGCAUUCUCGAUGAAACAUUAUUAGAAGAGUUUUUUAUACUCGAUGUUGAAACAUUACAAUCAAAAGCUGAAUGUUUGUUUCCCAAACCUUAUCCAUGUUUAAUUCAAAAUUUAACAACACCCAUGGUCUUUAUUCGUGGUAGACCUCCACCUUGGGCACUUCAUCUACACGGCGUACCCAUUUCAGCGUCAACAUCAGGACUAUCGUAUGGUAGUAAUUUAUUGUAUGAUGAAACACAAUCCGAUUCUAAAUUUGAUAUAAUUACAUUGAAUAAUAUGAAUUCUACUCAAUUAUUUCGACGAUGUGCAAGAUGUUCUAAUUAUUCAAGAAUUUAUAAAAAUAAACCUGUGCCAUUUCUUGCUAUGAGAUUAGAUGAUCAUUGUCUAUGUGGUGGACUUUUUUUAGCCUAUUCAAAAUCGACAUCUAGUACAAAUACUUCAUCGGUAACAAACGAAAAUACAUCGGCAAAUACAGCAAGACAAUAA